AUGUCCGGCCAGCGUCCCAACAGCAAGAAACGCAAAAGCACCGCUGAUGGACAGCAUUACAUCAGCAGAGACGGGCAGGACACGUCUAGGCCGUCGGCGGUAUAUAGACCUACGAAAGGUCGCGGGCAUACUGUGUCUGUUGCGCUACCCGGGAGCGUCAUUGCAAACGCCGUCACCCAUGACCAAAAGACAGCCCUAGCCGGCCACAUCGCCCGAGCAUGCGCCGUCUUCUGCGUCGACGAGAUCGUGGUCUUCGACGAUGGCCAUGCAGACACUCGCGCCCCAGAACGCGGCGGAUACACCGCUUUCGCCGACCCGAGCUUCUUCCUGUAUCAUGUCCUGAGCUACCUGGAGACGCCGCCUCACCUUCGCAAAGCGCUCUUCCCAAUGCACCCAGACCUGCGGACUGCUGGCGCGUUGCCAAGUCUGGACAUGCCGCACCACAUGCGGAGUGAGGACGACUGCGAGUACCGUGAAGGCAUCACGACUAGGUCUGCCCAACGCAAAGAUGGUGCUCCUGGUAUGCUGGUCGAAUGUGGACUUCGACAACAAGUGUUCGUACCUGUUGAGCUGGAGGAGAACGUUCGGUUGACUGUCCAGCUUCCGCAACACGCCCGGUCAUCAGCAAAGGACAUGGUUGAGUGUAACGUUGUUGCUCCGGAUGCGCCGCGUGAACAGGCUGGCUAUUACUGGGGCUACAGCGUGCGGCAAGCAUCUUCCCUCAGCAACGUCUUUACCGAGUGCCCACACGAUGGUGGAUACGAUGCGAGCAUAGGCACAAGCGAGCGUGGACAUCCGGUGUCAUCCCUGGCAGACCGCGCUUCCGACCGGAGCCUGGAACCAACAUGGCAACACCUGCUCGUGGUGUUUGGCGGCGUUGCUGGUCUCGAAGUCGCUCUUGCCAACGACCCGGAGCUACAAGCUGCUGGCGUGCACGAUGCUUCCGAGGUCUUCGACUACUGGAUCAACCUUGUCCCUGGUCAAGGCAGUCGAACGAUCCGGACGGAAGAGGCGGUCUGGGUUGGGUUGGCAUGUCUGUCGCCGCUUGUGGAAGCUCGCAAUACCAACGCUUGA